AACCAGGUUUUCUGUGCUUUCACUGGGAAAAUAUUCAAUCUAUUAACAUUGAAUCCUAUAUCGCAGAAAUUCAUUUAUUGCAGGCGGUUCUGGAACCAGUUGCCCGCACUUACUGUAUAUAUUUGCCAUAGAACUGGUAGACAGCCAACUAUUUGUAGAAAGGGGUAAACAUAUACACGUGUAAGACUUUAACGAUGUCAAGGCAUGUCUGUUCAACUUGAGAGCUGGACUUUUACUCAGAUUUCAGUCUGCAGUGUGUAGCUUCUGGUUCAACACUGGUUGAAAGAGUGCCUGUCGAACCGGACCAACCUGCAAGGAAGGAGGAUACAGAUUUGUAAAUGUCUAAGUUGUCGCACCAAUGUAGCACCCCCAUUUGCACACACCCAAGACAAACCUCCCUCAGGCAUGCUGCCUUGUGGUACAUUUGGUCUGAAAGCAGGAAGGCUUUAGGUUGUCCCACCACCGUCACCUUGAAAUAGUGGAGUACAGCAUCCUGAGAUGUCCAAACCUUUGCUUCUUUUGGCAUUCUUCCCAUGGUUGAGAAAGACUGAAGGGUGUAAGGCCAGCCAAUGAGUGUCUCCCUCCACAUGCCUACUUCAUGUCAGCAUGUCACUGUCGGACUACAAACAUGGCAGAACCACCCAGUUGCACCCCGGCUACGUCCCCUACAGCUCUCCUGUGGUCGGACACUACGGAAAAACACCCUUCAGGACAUUUCUGGACGUGAGGCACACAAAUACGCCUGAAAAUGUGCACGUCAAGUCAUCCAGGGUGAACUUCUCCAAAGUCCAAAUGGCGGUCUUCUUGCUGUGUUUGACUCUGACCUUCCUCAUCAUGGCUUCUUACGUCCUGAUGUGGGACAAGAAAGGACUGCUGACCCCUCCGCCCUAUCAGCCCAACGGUGUCGAUGUCCCGACCAACGACACCACAGCAGCAGCGGCGGUGGGAGUCUCCUUACAAAGCACUUCAGUAGACAUGGAGCAGCUGGUGAGGAUGAUCCAGUCCGCAUUAGAAUACCCAUCCAGGAAACUUCCUGACCAAAAGGACAUCAUCGGGACGGACCCCCAUUUGUUCUCCGUGAUUCCUCGCCACUUCCUGCCAGGGAUCAAAAGCCCCUGUUGGUACGAGGAGUUUGUCGGCGGAACCAGCAUCGAUCCGUAUGCGAGUAACCUCUUCGUCGUGCGUUCGAUGAACUUCAAGGGUGUGUGCGACCAGCUGACAUCCAACUUCCGCCAGAGCCUGCGCCAACAGGACGGCAAGCUGUUCCGCCUGCGCUGCCUGCCUUAUUUCUACAUCGUCGGCCAACCAAAGUGCGGCACGACCGACUUGUUCCGCAGGCUGCUGCUGCAUCCCGAGCUGCGGUUUAACGUCAUGAAGGAGCCGCACUGGUGGACCAGGAGACGCUUUGGUUACAUCCGCUUCAAAGAGGGCUUACAGGAAAGAUUCCCCGUGGAAGAUUACCUGGAUCUGUUUGACUUGGCAGCCCACAAGAUCCAAGCGUCAAGCAGUGGAAAUUCCCCCGGAGGCCGCCGCCCUCUGCAGCUCAUAACAGGUGAAGCCAGUGCAUCCACCAUGUGGGACAACCAAGCGUGGAGCUAUAGCCAUGGCGAUGGGGAGGAGACAGAGCCCCCCUUCCUGGCCCAGGACUUCAUCCACAUGGUCCAGCCCGGUGCCAAAAUCAUCAUCAUGCUCCGAGAUCCUGCAGAGAGGUUGUAUUCCGACUACUUGUACUUCAAGACGGCCAACAAGUCGACAGAGGACUUCCAUCAGAAGGUCAUAGAAUCUGUGCAGCUCUUUCAGUCCUGUCUUUUGGGGGGGUCGCUUCGAUCCUGCGUGUACAGCGCCAGCCUGUCCAACUCCAUGCCGGUGAGGCUGAGCCUGGGCUUUUAUAUUGUCUUCUUGCUGGACUGGUUGAGCGUUUUCCCCAGGGAGCAGGUCCUUGUUCUCCGCUUGGAGGACUACGCCGCAAACCUUCAAGGGACUUUGGAAAAAGUGUUCUCCUUCCUGAACACCGGUCCUUUAUCUCUGCAAGUGGAGGCGGCGCUGACUAAAAGUCCAUCGUCCAAUACCCGGCGGCCGGCUGACAGGGAUCUCGGCCCCAUGCUGCCGUCCACCAGGAAGCUCCUUUGGGAGUUGCACCAGCCUUUCAACCACAAGUUGGCCACUGUGCUGGACAACAAGGCCUUCCUGUGGAGUGACAAUGACUUCCUGCAGGGGGAACGCUCUUAAAAGCUGUGGACGAAUGUGACAGGUUUUGAUUGUGCUAUUUAUUUCUUUUUGACUGUUUAGUAAAAUCAAAUGGAAGAAUGGACAUUUUAUAAGUGCAAUAGCAAAGCAUAUUUUCCUUACUAUGUGAAAAGAGGAACCUGCCCCUUGGUGUCAUUCCCGUUGCCGUGAUGUGGUGUUCCACCCUCUCACAAGAAACUCUUUCAGCCUGAUGACCAUCUGAUGAUGUCAUGACAUUUUUUGACAAUAAAAUCAGACGGCAAAUGAACUGCCUCCUCCCUUCAACUGAUGCGAUACAUUCCUCCAUUCACAUUCUAAAAAUAUCCCUUCACAAGAAACCUUUGUGCCCUUCUUGACGCCGGGCCGUCUUCCAGAAGUCUUCGCCUUGGUGCGCCGGCAGAUGCGCUCACACCUGCGUGCUACCAUCCACGAGCAAGCGCUGCACUGGUGGUGCACCGAUCCCGCAGCGAAAUCAACUUUCGGAAACAGUCCUGACGCUCGCUGGACUGUCUUGGGCACCUGGAGGGCUUCUUCACAGCAACUCAACCUCUCUCCCUGAAGUUCUUGAUGUGAUAAAUGGUUGAUUGAGUUUCAGUCUUACUAGCAGCAAUAUCCUCGCCUGUGAGGCCCUUUUUGUGCUAAGCAAUGAUGACUGCGCGUGCUUCCUUGCAGGUAAUCAUGGUUAACAGAGGAAAAUCAAAGAUCUCAAGAUUUCCGUUUACAGCUUCCAGUCUGUUAUUCUCCCUUAUUCAGCGUGAAAUUGUCAUCUCCAGCCUUUGUCCUUGCCAACAUUCACGCCUACAGCGUGUCAACCAGAGAACCACUAACACGAUAUCAGCUGCUCCUUUUGUGGCUGGGCUGAAAUGCAGUAGAAAUGUUUUUUGGGGAUUAAAUUCA